AUGACUAAGCGGGCGAAGAUGGCGUACGAUGCCGCCACCGAUGACCCCUCGCUGCCGUCUACGUCAUCUCUCGUAACGGAGCCAUCACCCGAACCCCCGAUGCCGCACCUUAGUCCUGAAGUUAGCAUUGGUAGGUAUUAUAUGCGUAUGUUAUAAGACGAUGUAGACGACGACCAGGUUGCAGAUGAAAGCUCGAACCCGUUCAGUGGCAAUUGCUUCCUGACGGAUUUGAGGGAAUUCUGCUUAAGUGUCCAACUGCCGCAGGCAACAUUCAAGUUGUUGUUCCAAUUUUUGCGGAAAUACCACCCAGAGGUGCCCAAGGACCCGCGAACUCUCAUGCAGACACCGCGAGCAUGCCUUAGUGAGUCCCUCUCUAACGGCAGCUACGUCCACCUGGGCCGUCAACGCGGUCUGUUAUGUGAGCUGCAACUUCGGCCGUCGACUUUGUUACCGAAAAUACGGGUUCAGCUCCACAUUGACGGAAUGAAGCUCUUUAAAGGGUCUGGCCAGUGUCUAUGGCCAAUCCUCGGUCGAGUCACCUAUCCUGUCCGUGGACUGUCGUUUGUUGUUGGAGUGUUCUCUGGUUCCGGUAAGCCUGCGCGUUUGGAUGUAUUUCUUGGCCAGUGCAUCUCAGAACUGAAGGAUAUUCUGACCAGCGGAAUUCAGGUCCCGGAUACGGAUGCCGUAGUUAGAGUUGAGCUCGCCAACAUCAUCUGCGACACGCCUGCUCGGUCCUACGUCCGGCAAGUAAAAGCGCAUAAUGGCUAUUGCGGCUGCGACAGGUAAUUGAUAUAAUGGACGAAAAUGUAAUCCUCCUAGGUGUUGUCAUAUGGGAAGGCCCCUGGCAAACCGCAUGACGUUCCCCGUACACAGCGGGCGUCUGCGUAAUGACAGGUCAUUCCGCAUGAGAAGUCAGGAGCAGCACCACAAAGGCAUCUCACCUUUCGAGGACUUGCCUAUUUAUAUGGUUGCUACCUUUCCAAUUGACUACAUGCACCUUGUUUGUCUUGGUGUCAUGCGGAAGCUGCUACAUAUGUGGCGGCUGGCUACGGGGAAACAGUGCAUCACAAUUAAUGCCUCCAUAAAACAGUGCAGUCAAUGUUUGCCUGCUGAAUUUUGACGCAAGUGCAGACCUCUUGAUUGUCUGGAAUACUGGAAGGCCGCGGAACACCGACAGUUCCUCUUGUACAUAGGUCCUGUAGUCCUAGCUUCCCCUUUGGAUUCCUCCCGUUAUUAUCAUUUUCUUCUUUUGUUUGUUGCCGUUUUUAUAUUUUCCCAUCCCAUUUUGCACAAAUCCUUCAUUGAUUUUGGACGUUUGCUAUUAGAUAAAUUUGUUUCCGAUUUCCCGAUAUUGUACAGUCCUGCGGAUCUUGUUUAUAAUUUUCAUUGUUUAGUCCACCUCCACGAGGACGUUAGCCGUUUUGGAGUCUUGGACAAUUUUUCUGCUUUCCCUUUCGAAUCUUUUUUUACAAACCCUUUGCAGUACCAUCAAGGGUCCCAGUAAUGUAGCCGCACAGGUGUACAAACGUUAUUCUGAGAGACGUUUGCCUGAGUUGCCAACUAGCUCACUGCUGUUGGACGACGACGAGGGGGUACCACGGUCGUUUCAGUUGCCGCGCAGGUCGACCGCUAUUCUUCCCAAUGGCUACGUAUUGUCCACCGAGGCGCCUGAUAACGUCGUGCUAAUUGGAGAGAGACCGUGUGUACUGACAUCUGUGUCGGUUUCCGAAAUAACGUACCGCCCCUUCGAGGACUGCGUCACCCAUUUUACCAUCUCUGUUUCUUCUUCUCGUUUGUUUAUUUUCAAAGCCUCCCGUUGUUCGAGCAGCACAAACACUGCCUCCCUUAGUGACAUUACUUGAAAAUAUGUUUCUUUUUAUAUUGACGAACAGUUUUAUUUAAUCCCCCUGUUGCACACUUUUAAUGUACACUGACAUGAUUUGCACGUCCAUCCCGCAUCAACCAAAGGUCCCUGUAGAUGUAUUCAGUUGUUCAAUUUGUCUGCGAUGAAUCAUUGGCCGCUGUUGCGAAAUCUUGGUUCCUUUUAGAUCAGUUAGUUGCCUGGCCAAAGGACCGGGAAAUGCAGCGGCUGCUGGAGGCCAAUCGACGGCCAACCGAUGGCGCAAAACUGUAUGAAGUUAAAGUUCUCAAGGAUGGCCUUGAUCUCGGUAAGGCGCGCAGGUUAGCCCAAACGGCAGAACAAACGGACAACCUUUCUUCGUCAGAGCCGGAAACUUUAGGAAGAGGCAUGAGGACAAAGUACGUUGCCAAUACAUUACUUAUUUUUUCAUAGACAUCCCCGAAGACCGACUUCAGAUUCGGACGACGACGACGGCCUGCAUGACAUACGAAGGCACACAAGCGGACGGUUAGGCCCAUAGCCCGUGCCUCCAGCUGUACUCCGGUAGGACUCAUUGGCUUAAACGAAUUUCAGGCCAACAAACGAUAAUGUGCCGGGUCCCUCCUACUCUCAACCAAGACAAGGAGAAAAAACUUCUUAUGAGUAAUCGUGCCUUAUCACAUUGUCGCUUUAGACUGCCAAUCGAUGAGAACAUACCUCCUCCACAACAACGCUUGUUCCAUGACAUUAAACAGGAGUUGGCAUGUCACAGGUAAACCGAUUCAAACCUUCUUUAAUAUUAUAUAGGAAAAAUUGGACUUCCUUUCAGAGGAAAUGCUCUGGUUGAAAACCAAUAUUGAAGACAUCAAGGUCAUGCUUGCCGACAAUCGACGAGCCUUGCAAACGGUGAGCUUUGUAUCGAAAGAGGAGCCGCCUCUUCUUCAGGUGCCUCUGCGGACAGCGGAUACGUACCAAAAUUUCGUCACGAAAAUUGGAUUGAACACUGACAUAGACCAGGAAACGGUAUGUACACAAGCUUAUAGGUAAAACAUUUGUCCACCGUGGGAGGAAGAACUGAAAAGGAGUUUAUACGUUAUCUCCUGACAGCCCUUUUAGGACCUCCCCUUUGCCAAAGUUUCUGUUGGGCUGGUUCUAACGACAAGCAGUCUUUCGUGGGGAGCCCGCUGUUCAGCGUCCUUAGUGGUCUGUUUAUUAUGUCCUUUUUAACACCUGCAGAUGCAAUACGCAGCAAUGAACAGUAUCGUGGCUGCCAUUCCAAAGUAA